AUGGCGAGCCGUGAUAUAGAGCUUGAGUCUAUUUCUCAUCCUAUUUCUAGGGCUGGGAUUUCUAUAACCCCAGAUGAGAGCGGAACUCAGCAAGCCGAUUCACAGCCCGAGGAUGGCAGACAAGAAUUCUCGCUGCCACCCGUCGAUGGGGGAAAGGAUGCUUGGCUUUUCUUAGCAGCAUGCUUCGCGAUCGAAGCUUUAGUUUGGGGCUUCCCCUUUGCCUUCGGAGUGUUCCAGGAUUAUUAUAGCACCCACGAGCCUUUUGCGGGCUCGCCGAAUGUUGCUGUCAUUGGUACUUGUGCAAUGGGUAUCAUGUACCUCACUGCCCUUCUCAUGAUGGGACUCUGCCGUAUCUUCGCUCGCUGGGCCCGAUAA